AUGUCGGGGCAAUCGGUCAAUUUUAUGAAGUCUUGCAUAGUGUUUAGCCGCAAUACUGGAGAUCAUAUUAAGAAUGCUAGGGCUGAGGUUUUUGCAGUGCCCAUUGUAGGUGAUAUUGGGAAGUACCUGGGAUUACCAAUGGGUGUUGGCAGAAAUAAGAAAGAGGUAUUCUCUUUUGUUGAAGCUAAAUUGAAUCAUCGACUGAACGGUUGGAAUAAGAAGGUUCUGUCAAGGGCGGGGAAGGAGGUACUGUUAAAGAGUGUAGCCCAGGCCUUACCUACUUAUACUAUGAGCAUCUAUUUUCUCCCGGUCACUUUUUGCGAACGGAUUGAAAGGAUUAUGAAUAAAUUCUGGUGGACGACGAAUGUUAAUGGCGGAGGGGGAAUUAGAUGGAUGGCAUGGCAUAGGAUGUGUUGUCCUAAGGCAUACGGUGGGCUAGGUUUUAAGAAGCUGAGCAGUUUUAAUGUUGCUUUACUAGCCAAACAGGGUUGGAGAUUUCUGACGCAAUCUGGUUCAUUAGCUGCUCGUCUGUUCAAGGCUCGCUAUUACCCGAAAUGUGAUUUCUUGGAGGCAAAAAUUGGUGCCAACCCAUCUUAUUGUUGGAGUUGCUAG